AUGUCAAACAGGAAAUUUUUUAGUGGUUUACCAGAAAAUAUGAUGGGUCGUUCAACGGGACCUAAUCGUCAGCAAACAAAUUUCUAUUGGCCAGAUGAUAGUAAUGCUGACGAUGUUUGUUCAGUUAGAUCAAAUCGGAUGAGAAAUCGUAGCUUAUCGACAGCAUCAGUUCUAAGUCAAUCACAAGCAUCAACGGAUACGGAAGAAUCGCGAAAACGACGAUCAAGAGAUUUAAAGUCACGUAUAGAAUUUUAUGAUAUGGUUGACAUGCCAACCGACAAUGAGAGUGUAUAUAGUCGAAAAUUAGAGCCAUCGAAGCAUAAGAAACUCGAGACAUUGAAAUCUCGAAUAGAAUUUUAUGAUUAUGUGGAUACAAGAGAUUCAUCACAGAUGAAUGAUGAAGAUACAAAUUCUGUCAUUGAAGUGGUACAGCAAAAGGAAAAUCAGGAAGUGAGAAAUGACAAAAUUGGCACAAUUGACACACCCGUCGAGAAUAAGAAUUUUAUUCAAAAUAAUAAUAAGCACAUUGAUGAGCUUGCAAAUAAUGUGGGUAAAAUGUCAAUGAAUGCUGAACAUCCGAGGAAUGAUAUGAAUAAUCAUAAUAAUCAUAAGCCACAGUAUAUUGACAGUUAUAGUGAAUCUGAUGAGGAUGAUUAUCGUUAUCAGAAAGCAUUUCGUGGUGCCCAUCAUGAUGCCAUAAAUAGAAAUCUUCCGCAAAAAAAUCGUCGUCCACCAUUGCCAAAGCAGCAGAAUCAUAAUCAACAACCGCAUCAAUAUCAACAAUUACACCCACGCCGAUAUCAGUCACAGUUUUUUGAUGAUUUUGAAGAUGAUGGGUACGAUCGUUACUAUGAAAAUGCCUCAAUUAGAUCGAGUAGAUCAAGGCUUCCAAGAAUGCCGAGGAGAAACUACUCACCGGAUAAUUCCGAUGAAGAAAUUUACGACAACCGGAUGUAUCCAAAAAGAAAUGGACAAAUGAGUCGUGAUUAUCGGAAUUAUGAAGUAUUUUCGCCAGAACGAGAAUAUUCACGGGCACAAAAUCCACGAUAUGACGAUUACUAUGAGUCAUAUAGAGACGACAGAAGACCAAAAAAUAUAAGAAAUCAAAACACUAAUUUAUUUGGAAUUGAAAUGGAUUAUAAUCGUCCAAGAACACCCCCGCGUCAACAACAACAACAGCAGCAGCAGCAGUCCAAGAUUGAAAUAGAAACUGAGCAGAACAUUCCAACGACAUCAGCAAGACCACCAAUUAAACCUGUUAGCAGAUCAAUGUCAAUAAAUGAAGCGAGACGACGUCAUCACAUAAAUCUUAAAUCAAAUAUUUUCCAUACUGACAAUGAAUAUGAUCAAGUUGUGGGGCAAAGAAAGCCAUUAAGUGUACGCGAUUUUGCAGCUACUACUAAAAUCGGCGUGGGAUUUCCUGAUUUGGACUGA